CCGGUGGGUCGAGGUCCCCUGAUAAGUUAUUCUCAGAAAAUGGCCGAAUCUGAUGGAUAUAAUAGCCCUUUUGAUUCCAGUAGCGAUGAAGAAGGAAGACGAGCAGCAAUUAGCGAUAAAGAAAGAACCGUAGCAGCAAAUUUCCCUGACGAUUUCAAGCAAUUUGUGGACACUCAACUCAACCGCUGUCCAGUGGUGGAUGAUGAUUGUUACGAUAAAUUCUGUGGAUGGGUUUUCUGGAGCCGAGAAGACGACCAAUCCGAACAUCCUCCGAAUAUUUCGGAUUUAAAAAAGAAGAUCAAAGAUGUCCUUCGAAAGUGUUUACUCGAAUGGUUUCAAAAUCCAACACUAAUUCAAUUUUGGGCACCCACGAGGACAAUGGAUGGCCGGCCUUAUCUUACAACUCAAAACCAACCUUUCGCUCUUUGUACAUUACCUAGAAGAAUUGAUGAUGAUGUUAAAGAACCUGUUAAAGGGCUUUGUGGGUAUAGGAUGAUCUCUAUGGACUAUAAAGUUUACAUGGAUAGAGAGAGUUCUGAUGAACAACUUGGGGUUCCUGGCCGUGUGUUCAAGCAUGGAUUUCGCGAAUUCACUCCCAAUGUAGAAUAUUACUCUAUCAAAGAGUAUCCAUUGCGCGACCAAGCUUUACGUUGCCAACUUAAACUAUCUUGGGUUAUCCCACUGUUUGAUCCUUCUACCCACUUCUGUGUUGGUGUACUUGAUAUAGUUUCAACAUGGCCCUCAAUUGGAUUUCUAUUGUACAACAACUCUGAUUGCCUGCGUAUGCUUAAGGAGGAGGUAGGUCUGGAAUUUUCAAAAUCACAUGCAGACCAUGUCAAGAAAAGAAAUGUGAGACAAAGUGAAGCCUUAGAUGAAAUCAGUAAGGUGUUGAAAGUUGUGUGUAAAGUUCAUGGUUUAGAUUUUGCUCAAGCAUGGGCCCCGUGCAGAGUAGACUGGGCAUGCAGGGCUCUGGUUAAGGGUGACAUUUUCCAUGUGAUUGCCAAUUCCAAAGCAUUGGAGUACUGGGACUUUGAACCCCCCAACAGUGUAUCUCACUUAAGAAAGGGGCAAGGAGUUGUUGGGAGAGCAUUCUCGUCCCCUAAUGUAUUAUUUUGCAAGGAUGUAACCCAACUUAGCAUAAUUGACUACCCAUUGGCACACUAUGCACGAUAUCAUAAAUUAGGUUGUUGUUUCGCAAUAUGCUUGCAAAGUAGUUGCACCGGAAAUGACAUUUACGUGUUAGAGUGCUUUAUGCCGUCAAGCAACAAGGACUACUAUGGUAAUCAACAGACUGCAUUGAGGAAAAUAUUGGAAACAAUGAAGAAAAAUUUCCGAACUUUUAAGCUUGCUUCUGGAGAAGAACUUGGGGGACAUUUAUAUAUUGAAGAAAUUCCUUUGCAGAAUGGUGAGAAACUUGAUUCUGUUCAAAUGUCCCAGACUAGCAAAUCUUUGCCUAGGCCGGAGCCCUUACAAAGUGGAGGAGAGAUGACACAACUGGAUUUAUCGAAUCAACAACCAAUGGAUGCAUUAAACAAUGAAAGCAAUGUUGUAAGUGCGGAAAGAAGCAACAUUGAUGUUACUUGUUCACAGGAAAAAGGCAAAACAAAGAGACCAAAAAGAGUGUACAAUAGAACUGGAGUUAAAAUUGAAAUUCCUUUAGAUGAUAUCCUACAAAAUUCAAAAAAGAGCAUCAAGGUUGCUGCCGAUAACCUCCGAGUUAGUCCAUCUACACUAAAGCGUAUUUGUAGGCGUUAUGGUGUCACAAGUUGGCCACCACACAAUAAGAAUAUGGUUGGUUCCUCUCAACCUAGUGAAUCUUCCCCGGGUGUUGAUCAUCAACAAAUGCCACAAUUAAGUUCUGAUCAGCCUUCUAGUCAAGCCUUGGCUGCUGUUGUUCACGCAAACCCACGUAGUACAGUGAUCCGAGAUGCAAAUAUUGUGACUGUGAAGGCAAAAUAAAUCGAUGAUGUUAUAAUAAAGUUUUCGCUGUCUUUGUCAUUGGGACUAGUUGAGUUGCAGCAACAAAUCGCCAAUAGACUGCACUUAGAGGAUGGAACUUAUUAUGUCAAGUAUAAAGAUGAGGAUGACGACUUAAUUGCAAUAGUUUGUGAUCAGGACUUGCAAGAUUAUAUAAGCAGUUCUAAAUCGCUGGGCAGCACUACCAUCAUGGUAUUCAUUGUUCCAAAGUAGUCAAUUAUUAGUGACCAACUUGAAUUAUCUCAGUUUUUUUGUUGCUGCUAUAUUUUCUUUUGUUCUAAUCUUUUGAUUCUAGAGAUGGUUGUUGCUAUCAUGCCUUGUUUUCUCUGUUUCAGCAAGGUUGGGAGUGUUUUGGGUUUUUUGGGUUUCCUCUUGGCAAUUGGAUUCUGGCCAACUUUUUCAUUCUCCCCUUUUGUAAUGUUGUAUUAGCAUUAAUAAAAUGUUACUUUCUUUGCUGAUC